GCUCAAUGACAAAGAUACAAAGAUCCGACAACGCCACCAAUCACACCAAAGAGAGGGCUCCUGUUGUUGGUGUUAUCACUGCUACAUGUACUUCGAACGAUUAUUUAAAAUAGCCUACCACCACCAUUUAUCACCCUUCUCCUCGCUCUGUAUCGCAUCUUCGUAACAAAAUGGCUACUGCAUACCCUCCCAAUCAAGGAGGUGUCCCUCCCGAAGGGCCUGCGGCAAUGCCCGACUCUUACUUUACCGAGUCUCGCAAGGGAGAAGUCAACGAGCUCAAGACCUUGCUUCGCAACUUCUCCACGGAACGUGACCCCAAACGAAAGAGAGACAUUAUCAAGAAAGUAAUUGCUUACAUGACGCUCGGAAUUGAUGUCUCUCGCCUCUUCUCGGAAAUGAUGCUGGCCAUUGAGACACGAGAUUUGGUCAUUAAAAAGAUGGUCUACCUCUACUUGGUCAACUAUGCUCGCUCGCAUCCAGAGCUCGCGACAAUGUGCACCAACACGCUCCAGAAGGAUUGUGGAAACGAGGAUCCCAUGGUCAGAGGAUUGGCUCUUCGAGCAUUGUGUGGCCUUCAAUUGCCAGGAAUGGUCGAAUACAUCAGCGAGCCUCUUCGAAGAUCUCUUACGGAUGGUCACGCCUACGUUCGAAAAACUGGCGUCAUGGGAAUGCUCAAGCUAUACAGGCUGAAUCGAGAGGCAUUUCAAGAAAGCAGCUUUGUCGAUAUCCUCUACGACAUGCUUCGCGAUCCUGAUGCUAGCGUAGUCAGCAACUGUAUCAUUGUGCUCAAUGAAGUCAUGGCGGAUUCUCCAAACGGGGGAAUGGCCAUCAAUAGAGCCAUCAUGUUGCAUCUCUUGAAUCGAAUCCACGAAUUCUCGGAAUUUUCUGUGGUGCAGAUCUUGGAUCUUGUCCCCAAGUAUAUUCCUGCCAACAAUGACGAAGCCUACCAAAUUAUGAACCUCCUGGAUCCUGUCUUGGGACGGUACAGCCCAGGCGCUGUCAUUGCCACCAUCCGGGCUUUCUGGAGUAUGGCAGAAGCCGUUGGAGGCCCCGAUGAAGAAGCGAUGAAAAGGCAGAUUGUUUCGAGAUGUAAGGCUCCUCUGGUCACCCUUAUCUCGUCGUGUUCUAGUGAACUAGGAUAUUCCCUAUUGAAACAUGCCGAAUCCUUGAUUGAUGCGGUCCCCGGAGUUUUUGAUGACGAAUACCGACAAUUCUUUCUAAAGUACAACGAACCGACCCACAUCAAGUAUCUCAAGAUCUCCAUCUUGCCCAAGUUGGCCAAUCCGGAAAAUGCCCCAGACAUUGUGGCCGAGCUUGCAGAGUGCGUAAAUGAUAUGAACAUCAAAAUUUCCAGAUAUUCUGUGCGCAGUCUCAUGCAAAUCGCUUGCCGAGACACGGGUGGUCCUGGUUGUGCAGAGAGUAUUGCUCGCCGACUCGUCGAAAUGCUCGAUCUAAAUGUGUCCCACAUCUGCAGUGAGGCUGCCACGUCUCUAGCAAGCGUGAUCCGAAAGCAUCCAGGGUUGAAAUCUGUUAUUGCGCCCCCAUUGUCUCGCAGUCUCAAGUAUGUCGAGGAAUCUUCCGGAAAAGGCAGCAUCGUCUACUUGUUGGGAGAAUGCAGUGAGGUCACAAUGGCGCCGUACGCGCUGGAAAAACUCAUUGAUACGUACGACAAGAUCGAUGACGCGACAAUCAAAAUUGCGCUGUUGAGCAGCACCAUGAAACUCUUCUGUCAGCGGCCAGCAGAGGUCCAGGCUAUGCUUGGGCGCUUGUUAGCCAAAGCGACUGACGAUGUGUCUUCGCAGGAUUUGCAUGACCGAGCUCUGCUGUACUAUCGCAUGUUAGAGUCUGGUGUCGAUCUUCCAGUGCUGGCAAGCGUUGUGGACACCAAAACAGCUCUUGGCCAAGGAGUUAACUUUGCGGAGGAGGACGACUUCGAAUUGCGCGCCGAGCUCAUGAAAGAGUUUAACACGCUGUCCAUUGUUUUCGGAAGGGAAUCCAAGAACUUUAUCGCGGAGGAAUUCCAAGUGAAGUUUGCGAAACAGCCCAAGGAACACCCACUUGAACCAGGCAGCGAGGGUGCAGCUCCUUCUGCGAUCCCAGGAGGCGGUCUUGACGUCCUUGGUAAAACGAGCGCUCCAGCCCCCGCACCUGCUGUUGCAGCUGCAGCCGGCAGUUUCGACUUGCUGGGGAUGGGAGACCCAGGUGGUGCCGCCCCCGCCCCAGCUGCGCCUUCUGGGGGACCGCCAUUCAAUGCUGCUGUCAGCAUGACGGGUGAUGAAUACCAGAAUACAUGGGGAGCCAUCAAUGAUUCACAAUCUGUGGUGUCAAUGGUUCCUCUCAAGAAGAUUCCGGGAUCGACACAGGAGGUGGAGACGGCAUUGGCAAGACACGGCAUCAAGACCAUGGCCAGCGGCGAGUUGCCAACAGAAUUCAAAUUCUUCUUGUAUGCACAAGACUCGCCAACAGGACUUUUGAUGCUGAUUCAGGGCAAUCUUGACAAACAAUCAGGGGAAGCCUUGCUUGUCCUAACUGUAAAGGUGAAUGGUGGUGACGGCGGUGCUUCGGAUCAGCAGAAGGUCGACACGUUGACUGCUGUGAUGUCGUCUGCAUUGUGAUGAUUUGUUAUGCAUGAAAGGUUUUCCUUGGUGAGUAUCAAUGAGCGGAGGAGAUUGGGAAAUUACAACACUAGAGUGGCAUACGGCAACCGAGUACCAGUACCGGUAGAAGCGCUAUGUAGUUGGGAGCAAUCGCCAGAAUGAAACUACUAGUAGCCUACUGGGCGUAACCGAGUAGAAGCACAAACAUAGUUGCUAGUAUCAACAGCUACCUAGCUAUAGUCGAUACCGGUAGCAGGUUAAGGCAGAGAGAAGUGAAUACUUGCAAUGACCGCUAUUCUUGCUGCUCAGUUCAUUGAUUGAUGUAUUAAUAGUACUGGUCAGGCAUGUAGCUACUAGAGGAUAUCCCGCCUACAAGCCGGUGACAGUGCAGCACGCACCCGGGUACUCUUUGUCAUCGUGUGUAUGUCGAGCCACUUGGAUGGCAGCGCAGCACCCACAACAGCACAUGAUGCAUCUGUCCUCGAAACUGCCUGGUAGCAGUGAGCAAUUGUUGGGUAUUUCGUAGCGCUGCCGCACGUGACGCCGAAGAUUGCCACCAAUCCAGACCGUGGUCACAAUGUAGAAUGUUAUCACAAUCAACCCCCCCAACACUGGAAUGUAGCCCAGGACCAGUGCACCAAUGAAUGCCAUAAUGAUUCUGUUGAAUGUCAUUGACCUCUCCAUUUGGGGAUCCCUGAACCGCCGUUCAUUUCUGCGUUCACCAAAGUUUUCCGAUUGCUUUUCAAUUUCUCGCCCGUUCCAUUUCAAACCAAGCCUAGUCAGAAGUUGUGCCAACAACACAGGGACACAAAAGCAUCCUGUCCAAAAUGUAGAUUGUGUAAUCACAUCGCAACAAGAACACAAUGACACUCGAAAUUGGCCAUGUGGAGCCUCUUCUUCUUCGUCCUGCCCCAUGAAAUAUCCAUGUUGAUUGUUUUUGUAAUCCAAAUGAAGGAGUUGCUGCUCCUCAAGAAGCUCUUGAGGGUAGGGAACUUCAAAUUCUUCUCCUUCGGAAACGCCUCCUGUUGGGACGGUGACACUGAUGGGCCGUCCCUCAAGUAAAAUGUCAAAACUAAAGCCUUCUUCCAGCGUUGCUGGAGCAACCACUCGUAUGAUCAUUUCUUCGUCCAUUGUGAUUCAGCACUACUUGAUUGAUUCGAUGAUAGCGAAUGAAUAGCUUGCACAACAGCACAGCAAGAGAGUGUCUGAAGGACCUGACUUUGGAGAAAGAUGAGAUGAAGGACAAAAAAUGUAGUCGUUGGACUCCCUAAUACUUUGACAUGAUUUCACAGCACUCAAAGCUUUAACAAGCUUGGUAUCGUCAAUCGUCAGCGUUCUCCCACCAGGAAGUUUCAACGGCUUUUAUAA